GUGAAGGAGCACCUUCAGCAGGUCUUCUCCACUCUAAACAGCCACAACAGGCUGAGGGUGACUGCAACUGUUGGGGCUAAACCAUGGGUGGCUAACCUGAAGGACCCACAAUACAUUGCCGGACAAAGAGCGGUCAGAGAGGUGUUUGGAGUGGACCCGGAGCUGAUCCGUGAGGGCUCCACCAUCCCUAUCGCUCAGAACUUCCAGGAGGAGACAGGCAAGAGUGUGAUGAUGCUGCCCAUAGGUGGCCAUGACGACGGAGAGCACUCUCAGAAUGAGAAGAUCAGCAGGUACAACUACAUAGAAGGGACGAAGCUGUUUGCGGCUUAUUUUUAUGAGCUCUCACUACUACAGUAGAUGCAGGAUAUAUUUCCAUCCAAGCUGUGACCAUGAUAAUUAUACUGUAGGUGACAGUAUUGAGCUAAUUGAGUGCCUGGCUGAUCCCAUGCCGUGACUUAACUCUCCCAGGGUGUCUCAGGGGGAGUGGGAUAUGCAAAAAAAAACAUUUCCAUUUCACCACACAAUGAAUAGGUUACACACUUGUACAUGUGUGAAACAGGACAAAUAUAAGCACCCCUAUUUGACCUUUGAAGUUGUAUUAUUAUACAGCCCGUAUGAGGGUUAUUACUUACCAUAAGAACAACAUUUUAGCACCCUCUAGAAUAACUAUUUCUACCAUUUGUAUUUCAUGAAUGUAUUCUACUGUGUAUUAACUAAUAAAAGACAAAUGGUGGCA